UAGCGCGGAGCUUGUAAAACACCCUGGAGAGAAAAUGGCGGCGGCAGCGGCUUCGGCGCCUCAGCAGCUCUCCGAUGAGGAGCUUUUCUCUCAGCUCCGCCGUUACGGCCUGUCUCCUGGCCCAGUGACGGAGAGCACCCGCCCGGUCUACCUCAAGAAGCUGAAGAAGCUUCGAGAGGAAGAGCAGCAGCAGCACCGGUCCGGGGGCCGCGGCAACAAGACGCGGAACAGUAAUAACAAUAACACGGCUGCUGCCGCGGUCGCCGCGGCGGGAGCGCCGGCGGCGGCUGCGGGGCUGGGGGGCCGGCCGGUCUCUGGCGACCUCUCCUACUUGCGGACUCCUGGGGGUCUGGGCCGAAUCUCGGCCUCUGGCCCGGAGAGCCCCGUGGGAGGGCCCGGGGGCGCCUCGGCCGCCCCCACGGCUGGCAGCAAAGUGCUGCUGGGCUUCAGCUCGGACGAGUCGGACGUGGAGGCCAGUCCCCGGGACCAGGCCGGCGGCGGCGGCGGCGGCGGCGGCGGCGGCGGGAGGAAAGACCGGGCUUCGCUCCAGUACCGCGGGCUCAAACCGCCGUCGGCGCCCCUGGCCGCCAGCGAGGUGACUAACAGCAACUCGGCCGAGAGAAGGAAGCCCCACUCGUGGUGGGGGGCCCGGCGGCCGGCGGCUCCGGAGCUGCAGACCCCGUCGGCGAGAGAUGCAGCCGCGGAGGACGAGGAGGAGGAGGGGGAAGACGGAGAGGACAGGGACCCAGAGGCCGAGGAGCCGCUGUGGGCGAGCCGGACGGUGAAUGGCAGCCGGCUUCUCCCUUACAGCUGCCGGGAGAACUAUUCGGACUCGGAGGAAGAGGAGGACGACGACGUGGCCUCCAGCAGACAGGUAUUAAAGGACGACUCCCUUUCCCGGCAUCGGCCCAGACGGAGCCAUAGUAAGCCUCUCUCUUCGCUGACUGCUAAAUCGGCCGGCGGCCGGCUGGAGACCUCAGUUCAGGGAGGGGGAGGAAUCCCGAUGAAUGACAGGGCGGCGGCUGCGGGGAGUCUAGACAGGAGCCGAAACCUCGAAGAGUCGGCGGCGGCGGCGGAGCAGGGAGGAGGGUGUGAUCCCCUGGACUCUAGCCCCAUUCCUAGGUACCGUGUCACCGCUAAGAAACUGGCCCCUCUCCUGCCCCCGCCACUGACCGACAUGGACUCAACCUUGGAUUCGUCCACAGGCUCCCUCCUUAAAACCAAUAAUCAUAUCGGCGGCGGGGCCUUCAGUGUGGACUCCCCCAGGAUUUUUUCCAACAGCGUCCCUCCCGGUGCAGCGGUGGCUGCCUCCAGUUCACUCAGGAUCAAUCACUCCAAUCAUACGGGCUCCAAUCACACCUACCUGAAAAACGCAUACAACAAACCGAAGCUUUCCGAACCCGAGGAGGAACUUCUCCAGCAGUUUAAACGGGAGGAGGUGUCCCCUACAGGGGGUUUCAGUGCCCACUACUUGUCGAUGUUUCUCUUAACUGCUGCCUGCUUAUUUUUCCUAAUACUGGGACUGACUUACCUAGGAAUGAGAGGGACAGGAGUAUCCGAGGAUGGAGGACUCAGCAUAAAAAAUCCCUUUGAUGAAACAUUUGGAAACAUACAAGAAAGUGAGAAAAAUCUUAUGAUGAACACUUUAUACAAGCUUCAUGAUCGAUUGGCACAGCUUGCAGGAGAUCAUGAAUGUGGCAGUUCUAGUCAGAGAACACUUUCUGUCCAAGAGGCAGCUGCAUAUUUAAAAGAUUUAGGCCCUGAAUAUGAAGAUAUAUUUAAUAUUUCUUUGAAGUGGAUUUUAAAAAAUGGAAAAGAUGUUGGAAUAAGGUGUGUUGGUUAUGGCCCCGAGGAGCAAUUGAAAAAUAUAACUGAUGUGCAGUUUUUACAGUCCACAAGACCACAGAUGUCUUUCUGGUGUCGUUUUCGACGUGCUUUUAUUACUGUCACCCACAGGUUAUUGUUGUUAUGCUUAGGUGUAGUGAUGGUUUGUGUCGUUCUGCGUUACAUGAAAUAUCGCUGGACAAAAGAAGAAGAGGAAACAAGACAGAUGUAUGAUAUGGUGGUGAAGAUAAUAGAUGUUUUACGAAGUCAUAAUGAAGCUUGCCAGGAAAAUAAAGACUUACAACCUUACAUGCCUAUUCCACAUGUGCAAGAUUCCUUAAUACAGCCUCAUGACAGGAAAAAGAUGAAGAAAGUCUGGGAUAGAGCUGUUGACUUCCUUGCUGCUAAUGAGUCUAGAGUUCGCACAGAGACACGAAGAAUAGGUGGUACAGAUUUUCUAGUUUGGCGCUGGAUCCAGCCUUCUGCCUCCUGUGACAAAAUAUUAGUAAUACCUUCUAAAGUAUGGCAAGGUCAAGCAUUUCAUUUAGAUAGAAGAAAUUCACCACCAAAUAGUUUGACACCAUGUUUAAAGAUUCGAAAUAUGUUUGACCCAGUUAUGGAAAUAGGGGAUCAGUGGCAUUUGGCAAUUCAAGAAGCAAUUUUAGAAAAAUGCAGUGAUAAUGAUGGCAUUGUUCAUAUUGCAGUAGACAAAAAUUCACGUGAGGGCUGUGUAUAUGUUAAAUGUCUGUCUCCAGAAUAUGCUGGAAAAGCUUUUAAGGCAUUGCAUGGCUCUUGGUUUGAUGACUUAUCUCGGCAAGCCACUUCUUCCAGAUGACUCAACAGAGGAUGCUAAAUCAAGCAGAAUUUGGGCAGCCACUCUUUUGGAAAGGAUGCUGAGGAACAGGUACUUAAGAACUGAAAAUAAUUAGAAACCAAAAGUUGUGGUUUAAAGAAUCUGAAUAUCCAGGAUGCUCAUCCUCUUGGUCCAGUAAGCAGGACUAGCUACUACUGCCUCUAAGCCUCCUUGGAGAAACUUUAUAAACAGAAAUACAUCCUGAUUACACCUGAGAACCUCUACUGGGGGCAGCAGGAUAGAUUCAUUUUGUCGAUUCUUAGAUUUUAAAACCAAUAGAACCCAUGUACUUAGACUCACCUUUUUUCCUAUGAGUGGGUGGACAUUGGAAGCCUGCACAUGCUCCUUAAAUUGAAAAGGUUAUCUAGGCAUAGAAAGCACAUGAAAAAAGAUUGAUAAGAUAAACCUACUGCAUGUAUAAACUGAAUAUAAAAGUAGACCGUGAUAAGACCAUGGAAGACCUUGUAGGUCACAUUAUGAAGUUUGGAUGUUGGUUAAAGGGAAUUCAGGUAAGGAUUUGUUAUGAUGAAAAAUGGAGAAAGGAUUUAACGAAUAAGAAAUGGGAAGGACUUGAUUCAAUAUUGGGAGAGAAACUGAUGUUCAGUUUUCUAGUGUGGGAAUUCUAACAAUCACAACAUUUAGAGAACAGAUGAUAAGUAACAAAUUGGAUGGAAAAGAUGGUAAUUGAAUUUUUGGACAUUUUGAGAUUGGGAUGCCUAUGGAAUAUUCAGGUGGAUAUUCCUAGCAGGUGACUGGAUUUCUAAUUCCGUUGUAUUUUGAGAAAGAUCUGAGCUAGAGAUACAAUUUGGGAAUUAAAACCAUGAAAGUAAAUUAGAUGACCCAGAGAAUGAGAGAGAGAAUCCAUAGACAUUUAGUUCAAUGCCAAUUCUGCCAUAUUUAAUUAUGUGGUUGGGAAGGGG